UUCCAUUAUCCAUUUAUUAAUAUAUUAUUUGCGUUCUUUUCAGCUCUCAUAAAUUUUCGCCGUACUCGAGCUCGCAUUUGUACUUCGUUUUCAUUUCACGCCCUUAAAACACUUGAAUAGUGCCUGAGCGUCUCUCCAUUUUUCAUUCUCAUGUACUGCUUUUACAUUAAUCCCCCAAAAAGAAACAGAAAGAUAGGUCACAGAUGCUUAAAACGGGAACAAAGUGAUUCAGAGACUCCUCUCGUAAUAACACCUCUAUAUAGGAUUUCUCUACAGGGUGCCUUGUUUCAUUUCUUGCGCUUUUUACAUUUAUAAAAUAAACAGUAAAGAAUCUAACAGAAUCUCUUAUUAAAAUUUAAUACUUUGACAAUGGACUUCUUUGGACAUCGUGUUCACAUAUAGUUCCAUGAGCUAGUCUCUAUAAUUUUUAAUGCAAUUGAAUAUUAUUUGAUGUUUGUUAUUUUCACUGACGAUAAUGAUAAAUAAUAUUACUAGAAUUUCCUCAACAUUGGCCAUUCAACAAACUUCAUUUAACUUUUCGUUAUAAACUUUUCAGAACCGGUGAACAUUAUCACCCAGUAUAUCCGCAGGCAGAAUUACAGAUCUGGCACAUGGACCAAAUGGAGUUCUGGGUUGAAAGCAGCGACGAUGAGGAAAGAGAGAGAGAGAAAAAGAGACAGAGACGGGGAUGAAGAACAAGGGUGGCCGCAUGCGCAUCCCUCCCGGAAUAGCGAGUUUCGGGCCACCCCCGCCGAUUAUGGAUGUUUAGUAUCGACGUUGUUGCUAGGGUAUCGUCGCUCGCUCCCACAUCCGAUCGCGGGGUGUGAGAUAAUUGAAGCUCGGUUGCGACGAGAGUGUCCCUCCGUUCUGCGACGAGAUAAUGAGCGGGAUCGCGAGACGGCAGCCGGGGCCGAUCGGCGAUGCGCGAUCAUGUAUCCGCCUCGCUACCACGCCGCGUUAGCGUCCCUCGUCGUCGUUAAUCAUGGUCCUGCGUGACCGGGAUUUGUCAGGAUCACCAGCAGCAUGCCGUGCGACGACCGUUCGGGAAGGACGCGUGCACGUGUCGCCGCGAUAGCGACCACGACGUUGCUCCUGCUCACGCUGAACAUCAAGUGCAUAGAUACCGAGAAUUUAGGACUGGAUGGCAUUUGCAUAUUGAAAGGCCUUCAUCCUUUUCUUAUCGUCACCUAUAAACAUCUUACUAUAUCUGUAGACACGAUCGGUGUGCCUCAUAACGAACGACUCAUGGUAAGAUGUCGAGAAAUAGGUAAAUAUAAGUUCAUCGGUGACUCCUUGCUACACUGCCGCGACGGUGCGUGGGACGGAAAGACGCCUUAUUGCGAGCCUACCACGGCGAUCUCCAAUUACACCGAAGAUGUACCUCCGACCAUCGUCUUCGGUCUACCUGCUGGUUCGGCCGCGGUAGAUCCGACUGGCGCACUCGCCGUUUACCCAGGAAGUAUCCUGCACUUGGAGUGUCUCUUCGCUAGGAAGUUGGGCAAUCCCGAAUGGACGUGGACCUCAACUUUCCGUCGAUAUCUGACGGGAUGGGCGAUCGCUGCACGGGAAAGAGACUGGAAGUAUCGCCUGUCAAUAUACUAUGCCAAACCUCAGGAUUCCGGAAUGUACACGUGCACCACGCCGAAAGGAUUCAACAACUCUAUAAGAGUUCGUGUCAUAGAUGUUCAGUGCCCGGUACUGGAAGUCCCGGAGCCGCCGUUAAUAAGUCGUGUCGAGGGUAGCCGAAUGGGACAUAGUGCCGUAUUCGAGUGUCCAGAGGGAUACAGAUUGGAAGGUGCUCCCAGCAUCACGUGCCAGUACAACGGCAAAUGGUCGACGGAGGUGCCGCAUUGUGAGAAGAUCAAGUGUCCAGAGAUAAAUAUCCAGGAGAACGCGUUAUUGGAAUUGAACGAACAUAAUAACACUUAUGGCGAGAAAGCUCUCUUCACCUGCAUGUGGGGAUACAAGCUUUCGGGCUCGCAGAGUAUGACAUGCGAGAGGGACGGCAAGUGGAAUGGAUCUAUGCCGACUUGUCAGAAGAUCACUUGUCCUGUACCGGAAACGCCACGAAGUGGACGCAUCGUCGAGCAACCGCGGUAUUCUAAAAAGCAGUAUCACAACCGAACAUACAAAGUCGGCGCCUUAGUGAGAUUCGCCUGUCAACCAGGUCAUCAAUUAAUAGGAGAAGCGGCAACCAUAUGCACCGAGAACGGUACUUGGUCUCACGAUUCGCCCGUAUGUAAAGUAAGGUGUCCUUAUCCAGGUGAUCCUCCUCAUGGCCGAAUAGCGCCUCUCAAGUUUUGGUACAAACCAGGAGAUAACAUACAGGUAACGUGUUCACCUGGCUACGUGACUCCUCUGGAACCAGUAAAAAAACCGUCGUGUCGGGAAAAUGGCAUUUGGAGCGCACCACCGCCACCCUGCCGAUCUUAUAAAGAGGUGUGAGAGUUCGAAUAUUCGAGAAUCUCAUGAACUACCACUGCUAUUUUAUCUUACAUGACAAAGGAUUCAAUAUUCAUUAUUACGGGUAGCAAAUGUGCAUCAGUACUAAAAGGAACGUGGAAACUCGCGUGAAGCACUCUCUUAAUUGUUUCGAAGGGUAGACACGUUACGUAAAAGUUAAUGAUAUUAUCAGGCGAUGAAUAGUUGCAGUUUACGAUUUACCGAAUCGACAAAUAAUCACGAGUAGAUCACAAUGGAAGGAGCAUUUUGCGUUAAACGUAGAUCAUGGAAUAACCAGUAUUUUGUUUAUAAUUCUCUUCCAGACGUAUAACGAUUUUAAUAAAAGCAAAUCCCUUUUUCGUAAUAAAUAUUUUCUCACAAUUAUUUCCAUUUAUUUUUGAUAAUAAAUCGCGAUGACAUUUCCUUUCGCUACCGGGUAGAUGCUAAACGAGUAUUAAAAUGUUAGCCUGACAUAGUUACCGUUCUCGUUGCCAUAAUAACUGGAAUGCAGCGUGCAACUAAUCGGAUAAUGACAAUUUCCUCGCUUGCGCGUGAUGUGAUGGUUAAUACUCGAUGUUGGUACCCAAAGGUUACAAAACGUCGGGGAAAUGGGUCGCGCGAAAGCUCCUAAAGAGAUACAAGUGAAGACAUGGCUCAUCAGGGACAAAAUAAGUCGAUAUCGUGGAAUUCUGAAGUUGCACGGUUAAGCAUUGUUUAAAAUUAAUUAACAUAAUUAUCUGUCCUCCAUACGAAUUGGGACAGACAUAUCCGCUCUGCUUCUAACUUAAUUAGAUAGAGAAAUAGAUCAGGAUUUAUCUUAGGAUUGAUAUUAAUAGCCAUAAGUAUUUUACAUUUAAAUUAAGAUUAUAGAAUAUUAUACACAAUGUUAGAGAAACGUUUUUACAGAUGAAACUAUAUUUAUGAUGAUACUAUUUCUAUAUCAAUAGCUAGAAUAGAACUUUUUUUAGACGCAGAUAAGAUAGAACAUUGUGUAAGAAUUUCCUUUCGAUAUUUCUGAGAUAAAAUCUCUUUUUAAAGUAGUUCAGUAAAAAAUAUAAACUCUAAAUAGUUAUACCCGAUUGUCCCGAUACAUCCAGCACGCGACAAGAAGCUACAGCUGUCGCAAGCAACGAAAUUGAAAUCGAUAGUGUCAAGAAAAGUCGCGUCCCUGGAAGUUGAUGUUAAGAAACAUCGCGAAAUUGUCACUGAUUUCCGCGAUGACGCUAAACAACAUAUCCUCAGAUUGCUGGGCGACCACAGAAGAUUUUAUUUGGCGUUUAAUCACCUGAAACCAUCCGUAAGAAUAGACCAACAUUGCCUUCAAAUUUUUAAGUGACUCAAAUUCUGUAAGGAUGUAAUUCUGGGAUGCACUGUAAUACGAGAAUCUUGUCUCGUAGGAAAUUUAUGCAGCGAUAUAUCAAGAUUGCGAUUUGAAACGUCGAUUCCUGGACAAGCUCUACUACGAGAAAAAGAGAAAAUUGAAGCGAGGUAUCGAGUUACAGGUAGAGCCUGAUUUUUACGCGACCUAAUAAAUGUUAAAUAUUCACUAUGACACGAUUAAAAUAAUAAUUAGCAAAGUGCUUACAUAUAUAAGUAUGACAUUAAGUUAGAUACCCAUUAGAGUAUUAAUUGUAGCAAUAUAUUGUAACAUUAUGACGUUCCUUAUGUACUCAGUAUGUAAUCUUAUGUAAGAUUCGUAUACAUGUUUCGCGCUAACUUUGAGCCAUAAAGAUUUGCUCGUUCGCCGAAUGACAAGCUGGAAUAUAACGUUCUGUCAACUGAACUCGAGAGGCAAAGCGAAUAUCUACCGAACUGCGAGCAGCAACGAUUGAUAGCACAAUUACAGCGAUCCAUCGCGAAGCAUAACGCGGCAAAAGACAUAUAUUCUACGUAUUGGUCGAUGCUAAAUAUCCUGAGAAAAGUAAAUCUUUGAUUAUUAAAUACAAGUGGCAUAUUCCGAAGAGUAUUUGUAUCUCAAAAGCAUAAGGAAUCCAAUAAUUCAUGCGGCCACAUCAUUCUCGUUCCUACGAAAUCUUUGUAGGAUGCGAUAUUUUUCAAUACCCUGUUGAACACCUUAAAAGAGGACCAAUCUUCCCAAUGCAAA